CUCAACUUAAAUUCUAUGAAUUUUACCAACAACAAAAAAAACUUAAUUUCUAUGAAGAACGUACAAAAAGGGUGAGAAUGAGGAGAAACCAGAAAAAUACCAAUCCAAAAUUCAAGGCUCGCCUUAAAGCCUGAUUACGAGGCCAGCUGCUAUCUGAAGCCGGGAAACCUCAUCGGUGAUCACCAGCAAUGGCGCUUCUCGCGCCCAGUAUAACGAGUGAGGUGGGCUUGCGUUUGCUGCUUUCCCCAAUUGGUUCCAACAUUGUAACGCGAGCUGCAUGUUGCUCUGUUGGGAUUGUUUUGCCGGUUUACUCUACAUACCAAGCUCUUGAAGCGAAUGAUGAAACCCAGCAAAGGAAGUGGCUGAUAUACUGGACAGCGUACGGAUCGUUCAGCCUUGCAGAAGUUUUUGCGGACAAGUUGCUUUCCUGGGUCCCCAUGUAUUAUCAUAUGAAGUUUGCAUUUCUCGUUUGGCUCCAACUUCCAUCAGCCAAUGGAGCAGAACAACUUUACCGGAACCACUUGCGCCCAUUCCUGUUAAAGCACCAAGCUAGAGCAGAUCUGCUUAUGAACUCUGCCUAUAAGGAAGCGGUAUGUGAUGGAGCAACAGUAGCCCAAUCCCAUGAGACAGCACAUCGCCACCGGAGUGAUGGUGAUGAUGAGUUCAGUCAGAACACAUAGAAACCUCCAUAUUUAUAUCCGCAUCAUGCUAAUAUAGUUGACAAUGACAUUGUGCAUAGAUCAAGCCUCCCCGUCCCUCUUUCUUAUCGCCUAGGUGUUGAGCUUGUAAAAAAGUUAGUAGGAUUCAGUUGCAGUAGAGUGGAAGAUAUAUAGUCUCGACUUUUGAUAUCAUUCUCAGUGUUUCUAUUUAGAAACAUUUGCCACUUCAAGCUGGUGGUGGCAAAUGUUUUGUACGAGCUAAGGCUUUGUAGAUUCAACCUGAUUCCAUUUGGGUUCAGCUUGGAUUGUUAGAUUUUUGCUCGUGCUCUCUUGGCCGUUCUUUGUAGCCAACUAGGCAAAUAGCCAUGACGUUUUACAUCUUGUAUUGCUUGUUGGUCCCCAUUCAUAACAUAAGGUGAAAGUUGCCAGUUUAUCUCUCAACCUUCUGACUGAGUGAGUUGCAGAAUCAUUUGCUAGCUUACAGCCGACGGUCAAUAUCCUAAACUUCAUUUCGUGCCACAAUCAUCACCCACGGCUCAACCUGAGGUGGGCUGAAGAUGCACUUGGUUAAAGUUGAGUUUGCAACAUCAAGAGGGUCAUUAUUCUUGACUUCAUUUCUGAGAUUUUAUGAUCUUAAAGCUCUGCUACAAAGUUUGUUUCAGCUGUUGGAAUGAAUUUGACUUUCUAUUUAACAAAAAAGGUUCAUAU